GUGAGCAUGAGCACCAUCCAGAAUUUGUUACUGUAUUGGUAUUCCCUUUGGAGUGUUAGUCUGUUUUUGUAUUCCCUUUCGGAGUGUUAGUCUGUUUUGGUAUUCCCUUUCGGAGUGUUAGUCUGAUUUGGUAUUCUCUUUUGGACUAUUAGGCUAAAUUGUGCAGAGAGUGGAUGUUUGUAUUUAUAAAGCUACUUAGUUAUUUGUUGAUUUAUGUCAUUUGGGGGAUUCGUGGCUGCGUUACAGCUGAGGGUCAUCUUUGGGAGACGGAAGGGUUCUGGCGGCUUUGGACAGCGGGAGUGGGAGCAGUACCCAGGAUGCUAAAGAAUGACAAUUCCAGAGAGGACAGAAGAGAGAGUGUUUCUGACGAUGACUCUCCAGAGCCAGGUCUGGGCGUGGAGAUGGAGGCUGUCCAGGUGCGGAGGCUCUCCUGCCGGAACCUGCAGCUUCCCCCACUGGCCUUUAGGCAGGCGGAGCAGCGUGACUGGGCCCCGAGGCCAGAGACGGAGCAGAUCCCUCGGCCCACUAGCCUCGCCCUCAGGAUCCCCCCGCUCAUCGCCAUCACCUCAGCAGACACCAGCAGCUUCGAUGUUGACAAUGGCACAUCAUCGGGACGCAGCCCCCUGGACCCCAUGGCCAGUCCAGGGUCAGGGCUCAUCCUGCAGGCCAACUUUGUCCACAGUCAGCGGAGAGAGUCCUUCCUCUACCGCUCGGACUCGGACUACGACCUGUCACCCAAGUCCAUGUCCAGAAACUCCUCCAUCGCCAGCGACAUGAAUAACCACCUGCAGAGGCCAGGCCUGACCUCACGACGGUCUGAGCCCGUCAUUAGUGGAAACCAUGGCGACGACUUGAUAGUCACACCAUUUGCACAGGUACUGGCUAGUUUGAGAACGGUACGGAAUAACUUUGCUGCACUAACCAACUUGCAACAAGAUAGAGCCUCAAACAAGCGGUCCCCUAUGUGUAACCAACAACCACCCAUCACCAAGUCCUCUUUCUCAGAGGAGGCCUACCAGAAGCUGGCCACAGAGACGCUGGAGGAGCUGGACUGGUGCCUGGACCAGCUGGAGACCCUGCAGACCAGACACUCUGUCAGCGAGAUGGCCUCCACCAAGUUCAAGAGGAUGUUGAACAGGGAGCUGUCUCACCUGUCUGAGAUGAGUCGCUCAGGGAACCAGGUCUCUGAGUUCAUCUCCAGCACCUUCUUAGACAAGCAGCAUGACGUGGAGAUGCCAUGUCCACAGACGCAGAAAGAGAGGACGGACAAGAAGAACGCCAAGCCCAUGUGUCAGAUCAGUGGCGUGAAGAAGCUGCAGCACAGCACUAGCCUCUCCAACUCUAAUAUACCUCGCUUCGGGGUCAAGACCGACACAGAGGACCAACUGGCUACGGAGCUUGAGGACCUCAAUAAAUGGGGCCUUAAUCUUUUUAAAGUCACCGAGCUUUCAGGAAACCGGCCUUUAACAGUCAUGAUGUACACAAUUUUCCAGGAAAGAGAUUUAUUAAAAACAUUCAAAAUACCAUUAGACACCUUUAUAACCUACCUGAUGACUCUAGAAGACCAUUACCACGGCGAUGUAGCCUAUCACAAUAACAUCCAUGCUGCUGAUGUCACCCAGUCCACUCACGUGCUGCUGUCCACGCCUGCUCUAGAGGCUGUGUUCACAGACCUGGAAAUCCUAGCUGCCAUCUUUGCCAGUGCUAUUCAUGACGUUGACCACCCUGGGGUCUCCAACCAGUUUCUCAUCAGCACCAACUCGGAGCUGGCCCUCAUGUACAAUGACUCGUCAGUCCUAGAGAACCACCACCUGGCUGUAGGCUUCAAGCUGCUUCAGGAAGAGAACUGUGACAUCUUCCAGAACCUGACCAAGAAACAACGGCAGUCCCUCAGGAAGAUGGUCAUAGACAUGGUACUAGCUACUGACAUGUCCAAGCACAUGAAUCUCCUAGCUGACCUGAAGACCAUGGUGGAGACCAAGAAAGUCACCAGCUCUGGAGUGCUACUACUAGAUAACUACAACGACAGAAUACAGGUCCUCCAGAACAUGGUGCAUUGUGCGGAUCUCAGUAACCCUACCAAGCCCCUGCAGCUGUACCGCCAGUGGACCGACCGCAUUAUGGAAGAGUUCUUCAGCCAGGGGGAUAGGGAGAGGGAGAGAGGCAUGGAGAUCAGCCCUAUGUGUGACAAACACAACGCCUCUGUACAGAAGAGCCAGGUGGGGUUCAUCGACUACAUCGUCCACCCUCUGUGGGAGACCUGGGCUGAUUUGGUGCAUCCUGACGCUCAAGACAUCCUGGACACUCUGGAGGACAACAGGGAGUGGUACCAGAGCAUCAUCCCCCAGAGCCCCUCGCCCGCCCCGGACGAAGCCGACGAUGGCAGCGGACGUCCCCCCGGAGGGGACAAGUUCCAGUUCGAGCUCACCCUGGAAGAGGACGGAGAGUCGGACACGGAGAAAGACAGUGGAAGUCAACCAGAAGAAGACGAGGAGAAUAGUUGUAACUCAAAAACGCUCUGCACGCAGGACUCGGAAUCCACAGAGAUCCCGUUGGACGAGCAGCCGGAAGAGGAGGUGGAGGAGGAGGAGGAGGAGGAGGAGGAGGAGGAGGUGGUAGUGGUAGAGGAGGAGGAGGAGGGUGAAGGGGUACACAGGGAACCAAGAAGCAAACAAAAAGUGUUCUUUGACUCCAAGACUGAGCACAUGGGCAACACACAAGAUGCUUGGAACAGUCCUAACUGUAGUAUCAUGGGAGGACAGUCAGAUGGGGGAAAGAUGGACUGCAAGGUGACCUCUGAACUGCAAGGUAUUUCAGAUAGGGGCAUCUUCGAUGAACAUGCGUGGUUUUCUGUUCGAGAGCGUUGGGGUUCUAACUUUAAUCUUCACACCCAGGUAUUUCAGAUAGGGGCAUCUUAG